AUUUGUAUAUAAUGCGGGGGGUAGGAUCCAUAACUUCCAGCGAGAAGAUAGUGAACACGUUUAUUGAAGUUUAGAAAAGUACAAAACAAUAUAUUAAACAAGGUUUAAACUUAUUGAUAACUCAUUUGUUAAAAAUAAAUAUUUUAUUAUUAUUUGCCAACUUAACAGCUAGAUAUAAAAUAUAUCGUGAAAAUUAAAAGAAGCCUUAAGUCAUAACUGAACUUGCUUGCUUUUGAUGAUUUUUCUAUUUUUAAUGUGCUGAACUACCGACAUUUCUACUGCUUUUGCUUGCGCAGUCGUCGCCUCUGCUGCAGUGACUGCCACUUAUGUUAGCAGAUUAUUGUUGUUGUUGUCAUUCAUUGAUUUUUCAACGUUCUUUGCCGUGUGAAGGCACACUUUAGCAACACGCUACGCAUUAAAAACAAUUAAAUAUUUAAUAAUAUUAUGAAUGCACUAUGUAAUCUUGAUGUUGAAAACGGCAAAGGGAUAAAUCUAAUUGUACAAAUGCAAUGGAAGAAAUGAGCUGUUGAGAAUCCCCUGUUAUUCCAAUGACAUAAACUGUGCCUUUGCUAAUAUGCAGGUGUGUGCGACUACGUAACGUUGGUGUGUUUAUGUGCCGGAAAAUUGUGCUUUUUUUAUUCGAAAAUUUCAUUCAUAUUAACUUUGAGUUUUGAUUCUGUGAAUGGUUUCGCACACAUUUUGUGGAAAAUUGCAGAAAUUUAUGAAUUCGUGUCGGGAAAUUAAACACCCUUCAAAAAUCCGUACUUGAUUGCCGCAAAAUUGUAAUUUAUAAUUCUAAUCAAAAAACUAUAUCACAUCGCAAAUAAGUAAUUUUAAUGCUUUUAACUUGCAAUAAACGUGUGCACUUCUCCUCGCCUACAGUUUUUGCCUUUGUGUCGCGUUGGUACACAUGUUCAAAACACCCUGUGUGAUAAUGUCUUUGACCGGCUGUCCUUAUAAUCACUUAAUUUGUGUGCAUCAAAAAAUCCUUUGAAUGAAAACAUAACAACAUACAUAAUUAGUGUUUAAAAUAUUGUGCUAAUAUUAAGUAAAACCCAAACUAACCUAACAAUUUCGAAACGUGUUUAAAAACGCAACAACAAAUAUUUAAAGCAUCCAUAUAUUAAAAAAUCUUGUAUAUAUAUCUUUAAAAUAUUUUAAAUUCUUUACAUCUAUACAUACAUACCUACUUAAAUAAAAGGUACUUAACUUUAAUCCCUCCCAUUAUAUAAGCAACUAACCAGUAACUAACUAGCUUGCUGCUUGAAACAGAUUCAAUGUGCUUGUAUUUACAAAUUCAAGUAUUACAUAAAACAUAAAUUUUAAUAUAAUAAAAAUAAAUAAAAGGUUCAAAAUUGUAAAAAUAUAUGCAAAUCGAUAUAUCUUUGCACGACGACCUACAUAAUAAAUACUAAAUAUAUUUAUAAUAAUAAACGCAAUUACUUAAUCGCAACAUUUAAAUGUGUUAUUAGUGCUUGCAAAUAAAUUAGUCCAACAUAUGCGUACUAAAAACGCUCCCACCACUUAAUAUCAAAUCACUUAAUCAAUCAAUCAACGCUUAAUUAACUAACGCUGACAGCUUAAGCGUGUCAUAUACAUACAUAUUACAUAAUUUCUGUAAAGUACUGUAAAAAAAAGAAAUCACGAAAAAAACAGCUCAAACCUAAUUUUCGUUUAAAGUGUCUAUCGAAAUCAAAUCUCUGUUGUACGUCCUUGCAUCCAUCCAGCUAUCAAACCCCUUGCAUUUCAAAUGUAUUUAUGUAAUAAUAUGUAACAUAUGUUGUGCAUUAUGUGUGACCCAAAUAAAUUCAAAUUGAAAAGUGUAACCUAAUUCCAAUUUUAUUAUUUAGUGUGUCACAAAAAAAUUAAAAAUUAAAAUAAUAAAAAAAAAUUAUUUAAUUCAAAUAUUCGAUAUAUUUGGAUUUGUGCAAUAUCGGUAUUUCUGUGCUUAAAAUACUCAAACAAAAAUUUUGUGUGUGUGUCGUGUAAACUAAAUCAAACUGUUCUAAAUACUAAAUUAAUAAUAAAACUGACAAAAUGGCGGACAUAAUACGUCCGCCGUUUAGUGAUAUUAAGCGGCCAGACGAGAUCGUCAGGAUGACCACCGCCGACAAUUUGAAGUUCGCCGUACUCAUCGGGCUGAUCGAGGUUGGUCAGGUGACCAAUCGGGAGGUCGUCAACACUGUUUUACAUUUGCUCGUCGGUGGCGAAUUUGAUAUGGAAUUAAAUUUUGUGAUACAAGAUGCACAAAAUAUUAAACACAUGCUAGAACUGCUGGAUCAUUGUCCGCCAAAUCUACAGGCCGAGAUCUGGAGUGUGUUCAUUGCUAUUCUACGCAAAAGUGUGCGCAAUUUGCAGGCAUGCACGGACGUCGGUCUAAUCGAGCACGUAUUGGUGCGACUGCAGCGCUCCGAAACGGUUGUGGCAGAUUUGCUCAUCGAAAUGCUGGGCGUGUUGGCCAGCUACAGCAUCACAGUGAAAGAGCUCAAACUGCUCUUCGGCACCAUGAAAGCGGUGAAUGCCAAAUGGCCACGUCACUCCGCCAAAUUGUUGAACGUGUUGCGUCAAAUGCCACAUCGCAAUGGACCGGAUGUGUUUUUCAGUUUUCCAGGUCGCAAAGGAUCGGCUAUGGUGCUGCCGCCUCUGGCAAAAUGGCCAUACGAAAAUGGCUUUACAUUUACAACGUGGUUUCGUUUGGAUCCUAUUAAUUCCGUGAAUAUCGAGCGCGAGAAGCCCUACCUCUAUUGUUUUAAAACAUCGAAAGGCGUCGGCUAUACAGCUCAUUUUGUGGGCAAUUGUCUGGUGCUUACAUCGAUGAAAGUCAAAGGGAAAGGUUUCCAGCAUUGUGUGAAAUAUGAAUUUCAACCGAGAAAGUGGUACAUGAUUGCCAUAGUGUACAUAUAUAAUCGUUGGACGAAAAGCGAAAUAAAGUGCCUCGUUAAUGGACAAUUGGCGUCCAGUACCGAAAUGGCGUGGUUCGUUUCCACAAACGAUCCAUUCGACAAGUGUUACAUCGGCGCAACGCCCGAACUGGAUGAGGAGCGUGUCUUUUGCGGACAAAUGUCAGCGAUUUAUCUAUUCAGCGAAGCGCUGACAACGCAACAGAUUUGCGCGAUGCAUCGUCUGGGGCCCGGUUACAAGUCACAAUUCCGCUUCGACAACGAGUGCUAUUUGAACCUGCCGGACAAUCAUAAACGGGUGAGUCAGAACAACAACAGCAACAACACUGUAUCGACGACGGUGCUGCUCGCUGAGCAAGAGGCGCAAGCCAUCGACUGGGCCGAUGAGAAGCUCGAUUUGAGUGCGGCCUUUGCGAAAGUACGUGCUGUGCUCUCAGCAAGAAAUGCCUCGGCAAAUGCGAUGCUCAAUGCGCUUGGCGGUGUGGUGGUCGUCGAUCAGGCGUCCGGUGGCGCUGCGGCGACGGGCAGUACAGGCGCCGCACAGCCGACAGCAGCGGCAAACGCCAACAGCGCUGGCGGAAAUAAUACAGCUGCGAAUGCAAACAAUAAUCAAUUUGGCGGCGCUGCGGGCGCUAGUGACAACAACAAAAUCAUCACAGAUCCUUUGUGUCAUUUGCCAACCGGAAAUACAUCAUUUGAGCAAUUGCGUCGCAUUUCGUCGACUUCCGCUGCCGGUUUAGAGCUUUUGAGAGGAUACACCAGUCAGACCGAAGAAAUGACUCAGCUUAAAGCUGUACUCUAUGAUGGCAAAUUGUCAAAUGCCAUCGUCUUCAUGUACAAUCCAGUGGCAACCGAUGGCCAGCUAUGUCUACAAUCUGCACCCAAAGGGAAUGUUUCAUACUUUGUACAUACACCGCAUGCACUUAUGUUACAGGACGUUAAGGCCGUCGUUACACACUCAAUACACUGUACAUUAAAUUCCAUUGGUGGCAUUCAAGUGCUGUUUCCGUUAUUCUCGCAACUGGAUAUGGCGCAUGAGGGCAUAAGCGAUAUAAAACGCGAUCCGACGCUAUGUUCCAAACUUUUGGGUUUCAUUUGUGAAUUAGUCGAAACAUCACAAACCGUACAACAACAUAUGAUACAAAAUCGUGGAUUCCUAGUCAUCUCGUUUAUGUUGCAACGUUCGUCGCGCGAACAUUUAACUUUGGAAGUUUUGGGCUCAUUUCUGAAUUUAACCAAAUAUUUGGUGACAUGUCUGUCGGCGAAUAGUGAUUUAUUGCUGAAGCAGUUGUUCUGUUUCUCGUUUCUGACGUGGCAGCUGCUCGAUCAUGUGCUCUUCAAUCCGGCGCUGUGGAUCUACACGCCAGCCAAUGUGCAGGCGCGCUUGUACUCCUACUUGGCAACGGAAUUCCUCAGCGAUACGCAAAUCUACAGCAAUGUGCGACGUGUUAGCACCGUACUGCAGACAGUGCACACACUUAAAUACUACUAUUGGGUUGUGAAUCCGCGUACGAAGAGUGGCAUCAUACCAAAGGGAUUGGAUGGUCCACGUCCAGCACAAAAGGAUAUACUAGCGAUACGCGCUUAUAUUUUAUUGUUUUUAAAACAAUUGAUUAUGAUCGGCAAUGGCGUCAAAGAGGAUGAAUUGCAAAGCAUUUUGAACUAUUUGACGACCAUGCAUGAGGAUGAGAAUCUUCAUGACGUUCUGCAAAUGUUAAUUUCGCUUAUGUCCGAGCAUCCCAGCUCCAUGGUACCUGCUUUCGAUGUGAAACAUGGCGUUCGUAGCAUUUUCAAAUUAUUGGCUGCUGAAAGUCAAUUGAUACGCUUACAAGCAUUGAAAUUGCUUGGAUUCUUUUUAUCGCGCAGCACACACAAACGAAAAUAUGACGUUAUGUCGCCGCACAACUUAUACACACUAUUAGCGGAACGUUUAUUACUCUACGAGGAGUCGCUUUCCCUGCCAACUUAUAAUGUCCUCUACGAAAUUAUGACCGAACAUAUUUCACAACAAAUUCUAUAUACCAGACAUCCAGAGCCGGAAAGUCACUAUCGUUUGGAGAAUCCAAUGAUCCUUAAGGUCGUCGCUACGCUUAUACGUCAAUCCAAACAAACCGAAUCGUUAAUCGAAGUAAAGAAGCUCUUCCUCUCCGACAUGACACUGCUGUGCAAUAGCAAUCGCGAAAACCGACGCACUGUACUUCAGAUGUCCGUGUGGCAGGAAUGGCUCAUAGCUAUGGCCUAUAUACAUCCGAAGAAUACCGAAGAGCAGAAAAUCUCCGAUAUGGUAUACUCACUUUUCCGUAUGUUGUUGCAUCAUGCGAUCAAGCAUGAGUACGGCGGUUGGCGUGUGUGGGUCGAUACACUGGCUAUUGUACACUCGAAGGUCUCAUACGAAGAAUUCAAACUGCAGUUCGCGCAAAUGUACGAACACUAUGAACGACAACGCACAGACAACAUAACCGAUCCGGCAUUGCGACAAGCGCGUCCCAUCAGCACGAUCAGUGGUUGGGAACGUGAAGAGCAACAGCAGCAGCAACAUCAUCAGCAUCACCAACACCAACAGCAACAGCAGCUGGAGCAUACUCAUAUGCAUCAUCAGCAGCAACGACACGCAGCGCUGCCAGCGGCUACAAUACAAGAGGUGCCAGUUAAAGAUGAAGAAUCGGUGGGUUCACUCGAAGAUGUGCCACCCGUAGAGGAGGAAGUAGAAGAGAGCGAAGAUAUUGAGUCAACCGCACAGGAGUUGAACGCAACAGCCGAUGUCAAUGAGCCCGCGAACUGUGGCUGCGCGUCAGACGAAAAAGCGGCCGACGAAGAAUUGACGAAAGAGACUAUGCCAAGCGAAGACUUGACUAAAUCAAAAAUUUCCAACAUAUCCGAUGUUUACAAUGAACACAUUAAAUCGGAAGUGAUAGUCACCAGUAUAGUUGAGUCACCGGCAGUCGCAGUGACCUGCAACGGUAGCGCCUCCUGCUCAUCGACGGGCGCAAGCGCAAGUAGUACACCCGCGAAGUCAACCACUAGCGGCGGUCCAGAAGCAUUGUCCCAAACACUUAACCUCAAGGCAGAGGAUCUCGAAGAAAUCGAGCUGACCACCGCCAAGAUAGCGGCCGGUGCAACUGCCGAUGACGAACUCGUACAACAAGUGCUACAAAACUCUGAAAAGGCGCUACAAAACUGCAAAAUCGUAGCCGAUGAAAUGCAAGAAGCAUCCUCCGUUUUGAAGGAUGAAGAAAUUGAAUUAGCAGUCAAUGAGGUAGUGCAAGGUGUGCUCAAAAAUGAGAAGAAGCAAGCGACAAAAGAACCGUCCACAGAGCAAAGUCAUACAGUAACACAGCAAACCGAUGCGGAAAAUGUGUCUUUGUUGAACACAAAGAACUUGCUGAACAACAAUGCUGACGAGCUCAAAACUACAACAAAUAGCAACAAUUACAAUACGGCCGAUAUCAAUGAAACAAAUGCGAACAAUGAGACCAACGAAAAUGCAAACAAUGCCGUAACGGAUUUACUCACCCAAGCGUCUGACGUUAUUGAGACGCAACAAAAGACUGAAGACAACAAAACCGAUGAAAAUACCAUAAAUAACAACAACACAAAUACUGCCGAGCCCAGCAACGUCGAGCACAAAACCUCGAAGUUAGCAAUCGUUGUUGCCAAAGAGCAUGAACACGAACUAAUGGAUGUAAGUUCUUCGCUUUCGACCACAGUAGAGACUACAGAGGAGAUCUCAUCACUUAGUCCCGAAACAACGGUGUCCAGCGCAUCCAUGACCGAAGAAAAUUUACUCGGGCUAACCGAGUCAUCUGUGGUGGACAAUGAAAACAUCAUUGUCGAGACAAUAGUAAAGGACAUAGUCGAUAAAUUGAUAGACAAAGUGGUUGAUGCGAGUGUUGCCGAAGAUGAGGCGCGCAAAGAGACCAACAACAAUGAGAUUGGAGAAGAAGUGAAGAAUGAUGUUAGUGAAGCAGCUGUCUCGGAGGCUGCCAAAGAAAUUGUGGAAGAUGUGCUCACAAACGCAUUAGACAAAGCUGAUACGGUGAUAACGGCGGCGCAGUUAGACACACAUAGUGAAGAAGCUAGUGAACCACAAAAAGAAGCGACAAAAGAAAAUGUCAGAGACAUUGUGCAAACAGUGGUGAAUGAUUUGUUGGAGCAGACAGUAAAGGCAGUAGAGGAAACAGUUGAGCCCGCAGUGGUAGCUUUAGUGUCCACAGAUGAGUUGAAAGCGGAAACGGCAGAUCCACUUGCAUUACCGGCAGCAGUGGAAGUGCCAGCGGACAAACCAUUAGCGGCCAUACCACUUCCAGUAGUAAAAGAAGUCGACUCCACUACACAAACCACACCAAAGAACGAGCCCAACGAUGGUGCCGUUGACCAUUUGGAUAUCGAAACAGUGGAAGAGCUGCCCGAACAGACCGAAGAAGAGUUACAUACCACACAUGAAGAAUUGCAAGACGAUAUGGCACAAGUGGAUGAACGGCAAACAAAACACACGACUGCCAGCACACAAGUAGAGAAUAAUCAUUUCGACAACAAACAUCCACACCAGCAACAACAAGCGCAGCAGCAGCAGCAACAACGUACAAAAUCUGGCUCAACACGUCCAAUGUUCAGUCCUGGACCAACACGUCCACCAUUUCGCAUACCGGAAUUCAAAUGGUCCUACAUACACCAGCGCCUGCUCUCCGAUGUGCUCUUCUCCCUCGAGACGGACAUACAAGUGUGGCGCAGCCACUCGACUAAAAGUGUUUUGGAUUUUGUAAAUUCAAGCGAAAAUGCUAUAUUCGUGGUGAAUACGGUGCAUUUGAUAUCGCAGUUAGCGGAUAAUUUGAUCAUUGCUUGUGGCGGUCUGUUGCCACUCCUGGCAAGUGCCACAUCGCCCAAUUCCGAAUUGGAUGUGCUGGAGCCCACACAGGGCAUGCCGCUCGAGGUGGCCGUCUCCUUUCUGCAGCGUCUCGUCAACAUGGCGGACGUGCUAAUCUUCGCCACUUCAUUGAACUUCGGCGAAUUGGAGGCGGAGAAGAACAUGUCCAGCGGCGGCAUAUUGCGUCAAUGUUUGCGUCUGGUGUGCACAUGUGCCGUGCGCAAUUGCUUGGAGUGUAAGGAGCGUACGCGCUACAAUAUGGGCGCAAUGGCGCGCGAUGUACCCGGUGCAGCGCAUCUGCAGGCGCUCAUACGUGGCGCACAAGCGUCGCCAAAGAAUAUUGUUGAGUCAAUAACAGGUCAAUUAUCCCCAGUCAAGGAUCCUGAGAAGCUGCUGCAGGAUAUGGAUGUUAAUCGCUUGCGUGCCGUUAUCUAUCGUGAUGUGGAGGAAACGAAGCAAGCUCAGUUCCUCUCACUCGCCAUCGUCUAUUUCAUUUCCGUGCUAAUGGUAUCCAAGUAUCGUGAUAUACUCGAACCGCCAGCGGAACCGCAAAUACAACGGCAAUCGCCAGUGAUGCAACGUACCACAGCCGAACCCUCAGGUCGCCCGCUCUUUCCCCAGUGGUCGCACCAUGUCUAUCCACAAUUCCUGCCCAACAAUUCUCAUCAAAAUCAUAUGCCCACGGCGACAUCGACGACAUCGAAUAUGCAACAGCAGCAACAACAAGCACAAACAUCGCAUCAGCAUUACUAUCAGCAACAACAAAUGACAUCACCGCCUAACCAGCCGCAACAACAGCAACAGCUGUCACAACAGCACAAUUACAGCCAUCAUUAUGCUUCAUUGCAACAGCAACAACAACAACAUCAGCAGCAACAACAACACCAACACACAGCAUACUACGGCGAACAACAACAACAACAGCAGCAGCAACAACAGCUGCACAAUCACGCAAUGAGCGGCGGCAGCAGCAACAGCAGCAGCAAUUACGCUGGCAAUAUAUCACCGCCGUUGGCCACACAGUCAACAAGUUCCUCGGCCUCAUCAUCGGCUACCUCACAGCCGGCUUCCUCGUCGUCGUUAUCGAGCUUGGCCUCCCAGCCUGGUGCAGCGGUAACACGUCAUCACCAGCAACAACAACAUCAGCAUGCCGCACAUCACACGCACACUGUCGCACACCAGCACCAGCGGCAUGCACCGAAACACCACUACCACCACCAGCAGCAACAGCAGCAACAACAACAAAUGCCACAGCAACAGUUUCAGCAACAUUAUGGCAUGAUGAAUGGCAUUGGUAAUCAAAUGGUAAACGGUGUUGGUGGUGGUGGCGUUGGUGGCAGCAAGACUGCGCAACAAAAUGCCACAAUGCCGGCAAACAGCCAUCAGCAACAUUACGUUGGCAAUGCUGGCGAUAUGAACGGCAGUGCCUACCACCAAUAUAUGCGUCCAAGUGGCGCCAUGAUGAAUGGCGGUGGCAGUGGUGUGCCGCAUCCGAACGGCAUCACCGUCGAUUAUCACACACAUGCACAUGCCACCGGUGUUGGUGGGCCAGUGAAUGGCGCCGUUAAUAACAAUAGCCUUCUACUAAGCAAUAACAACAAUUGCAACAACAACAGCAUGCGCGGCAAUACGUUACGCGAUGCGAGUACAGGCAGCGGUGGUCACAUGUUGGGCGGUGCUGGUGUUGGUAUUGGUGUUAGUGUUGGCGUUGGUGGUGUGGGUGUUUCAACUAGCACAGGUAGCGGUGCUGUUAGCGGCGCUGCAACGUUGCCAUACAAGAAUAAUGGUUUGAAUAACAAUUACCGUUACAAUGGACGCGCCAAUAUCGGAACAGGCCCUCGCACAAUACAAGAUGGCGACUAUGAGAUAAUUGUCGUGGAUGAAAAUAAUCCAUCGGUGUUGGCGGAUAACGACUCACAUUCCAGUGGACCGCCUUCGAUUAAGAGCAAUAAGGCUACCACUACCAAUACCAAUACUACUACAACAACAACAACAACAAAUAUGUCCAACACUAAAACGGAACAGAGGGUAAAUACAAAAACUGUGUCAAAUCUAGCAACAACUAUAACAACGACACUAAGUUUAACAUCGAACAAUGCAAAAGUGUUGAAACAUACAAGCAAAUUGCAACAACAACCAUUAUCACCACCGAAACCAGUGUUGCCUAAAAAAUUACCAAAGAGUGUCGACUCGGAUGUCGGUUCGUUGAACAUGAAUUCAACGGAGAACGAAGUUCCUGAAGUGGAAUCGUCGAGUGAAAUUCUGGCCGAUGACAACAAACCGACCAACUCGAACGACGAAAGCUGGACAGAUGUCAAUUUGAAUGAGGAUGCUGGUGUACAGGCCACCGCAAGUGGUUUAUUGUCGGGCGGCAUGUCGGCAGUGGAUGGGAAAAUGCGUGACAUCGACGGCCUGCAACAUCAUGCACACCAACAACAACAACAGCAGCAGCAGCAGCAACAGCAGUCAACAACGACAGGACAUGGCCAACCGCAGGGUGCUCAACAAAUGCAAGUACACCACGGACAUCAGUUGGUGGGUGCUGGCAGCGAACGCGGCGACAAACCCGAUUCGGAAAUAUCGGUGGUACGCGUACCGGACAGUUAUGCAACAGCAUCCGGCGCGUCAGGCGCGGGCGUUGGCACGGCUGCCGGCAAUGUGGGUCAGCGUGGCACACGCUCCGAUGAGCUACAAAUGAAACCACCACUCGUUGGCCAGCUGCCGAUGACAACGCCCUCGCGUGAGGCGAGCCUUACGCAGAAGCUGGAAGUAGCGCUGGGUCCGGUGUGUCCGCUGUUACGUGAAAUAAUGGUCGACUUUGCGCCAUUCCUGUCGAAAACGCUCGUCGGCUCGCACGGACAAGAGCUGCUGAUGGAGGGUAAAGGUCUAACGACAUUCAAAAACUCACACUCCGUGGUCGAGUUGGUAAUGUUGCUAUGUUCGCAAGAGUGGCAGAACAGUCUGCAAAAGCAUGCCGGUCUGGCGUUUAUUGAAUUGAUUAAUGAGGGUCGCCUGUUAUCGCAUGCCAUGAAAGAUCACAUAGUACGCGUCGCUAAUGAAGCUGAAUUCAUAUUGAAUCGUAUGCGUGCAGAUGAUGUGCUCAAGCAUGCCGAUUUCGAGUCACAAUGCUCACAAACGCUGUUGGAGCGGCGCGAGGAAGAGCGCAUGUGUGACCAUCUCAUCACCGCGGCGCGGCGGCGUGACAAUGUGAUUGCUAGUCGCCUAUUAGAAAAGGUGCGUAAUAUUAUGUGCAAUAGGCAUGGUGCUUGGGGCGAUGCCAGCGGUACUGUGCAAAAGCAAACAUUCUGGAAAUUGGAUGCCUGGGAGGAUGACGCGCGUCGCCGCAAGCGUAUGGUACAAAAUCCACGCGGCUCUUCACAUCCACAGGCCACACUCAAGGCGGCUAUUGAAAAUGGCGCACCUGAAGAUGCCAUCUUACAGACACGUGAUGAAUUCCAUACACAGAUUGCUGUGUCACGCGGUCAUCAGUCAUCCCAGCAUACAGCCGAUCUGUUGGAUGAUGCCGAGCUGUUGAUUGAAGACCGUGAAUUGGAUUUGGAUUUAACAGGACCAGUCAAUAUAAGCACUAAAGCGAAACUAAUUGCGCCCGGUGUUGUGGCACCCGGUACAGUGUCUAUCACCAGCACUGAAAUGUUCUUUGAAGUGGACGAAGAUCAUCCAGAGUUCCAGAAGAUCGAUCCCGAAGUGCUGAAGUAUUGCGAUCAUUUGCAUGGCAAGUGGUACUUCUCAGAAGUGCGCGCAAUUUUCUCGCGUCGUUAUUUGUUGCAAAAUGUCGCACUGGAGAUUUUCCUAGCCAGUCGCACCUCAAUACUUUUCGCUUUCCCCGACCAACAUACUGUGAAGAAGGUCAUCAAAGCUUUGCCGCGUGUUGGCGUCGGCAUAAAAUAUGGCAUACCACAAACACGACGCGCUUCGAUGAUGUCGCCACGUCAGCUAAUGCGCAACUCUAAUAUGACACAGAAGUGGCAACGACGCGAAAUCUCGAAUUUCGAGUACUUAAUGUUCCUCAAUACGAUAGCAGGACGCACUUACAAUGACCUCAAUCAGUACCCAGUCUUUCCAUGGGUUCUUACCAAUUACGACACAAAAGAACUGGACCUCAGUCUGCCUUCGAACUAUCGCGAUCUCUCGAAACCGAUUGGCGCAUUGAAUCCGUCACGCCGCGCCUACUUUGAGGAACGCUACGAGAGUUGGGAAAGUGAUACGAUACCACCAUUCCACUAUGGGACCCAUUAUUCUACAUCAAGUUUCACACUAAAUUGGCUGGUACGUGUUGAGCCCUUCACCACCAUGUUCUUAGCGUUGCAAGGCGGCAAAUUCGAUUAUCCCGACCGCUUAUUCUCCUCCAUAUCGCUUUCGUGGAAAAACUGCCAACGGGACACAUCCGACGUUAAAGAACUCAUACCAGAAUGGUAUUUCCUGCCAGAAAUGUUCUACAACUCGUCCAGUUAUCGUCUGGGUCAUCGCGAAGAUGGCACACUCGUUAACGAUGUUGAGCUACCACCUUGGUCUAAGAGCCCUGAAGAAUUCGUGCGCAUCAACCGUAUGGCUUUGGAAUCAGAAUUCGUUUCAUGCCAACUACAUCAAUGGAUCGAUCUGAUUUUUGGCUACAAACAACGUGGACCCGAAGCUAUUCGCGCUACCAAUGUCUUUUACUACUUAACCUAUGAGGGUAGCGUAGACUUGGAUGCUAUUAGCGAUCCAGUUAUGCGUGAGGCAGUAGAAAAUCAAAUUCGCAAUUUCGGCCAGACACCCAGCCAACUGCUUAUGGAACCGCAUCCACCACGCAGUUCGGCAAUGCAUUUGUCGCCGAUGAUGUUCAGCGCCAUGCCUGACGAUCUCUGCAUGUCGCUUAAAUUCUAUCAGAACUCACCAAUUAUACACAUCUCAGCCAAUACCUACCCGCAGUUGUCGUUGCCAUCGGUAGUGACUGUGACUGCGGGCCAUCAGUUCGCCGUGAAUCGCUGGAAUUGCAACUAUACUGCAUCCGUCCAGAGCCCCAGCUAUGCUGAGUCGCCGCAAUCGCCUGGCUCAAACCUGCCUCUGACCAUUGAUCCUGUCUUGUCUGCACAAAAUACUGGUCACAAUAACCCCAUGAAUCGCCGCCAUUUGGGCGACAAUUUCAGCCAGAUGUUGAAGAUCCGUUCCAAUUGUUUUGUCACAACUGUGGACAGUCGUUUUCUCAUUGCUUGCGGCUUCUGGGAUAACAGUUUCCGUGUGUUCGCCACCGAAACUGCUAAAAUUGUGCAAAUUGUAUUCGGUCAUUUCGGUGUGGUCACCUGUUUGGCACGUUCAGAGUGCAAUAUAACAUCGGACUGUUACAUCGCUUCGGGUUCAGCGGACUGCACGGUCCUGCUGUGGCACUGGAAUGCGCGUACGCAAAGUAUUGUGGGUGAGGGUGAUGUACCAACGCCGCGUGCCACUCUAACGGGACAUGAACAAGCUGUAACUUCGGUUGUGAUUAGUGCUGAGCUGGGCUUAGUCGUCUCAGGAUCGACAAACGGUCCUGUGCUGAUACAUACCACAUUUGGUGAUCUCUUGCGUUCGCUUGAUCCGCCUAUGGAUUUCUAUUCGCCCGAAUUGAUUGCCAUGUCUCGUGAGGGUUUCAUUGUUGUCAAUUAUGAUAAGGGUAAUGUGGCCGCAUACACCAUCAAUGGGAAAAAGUUGCGCCACGAGACGCACAAUGACAACUUGCAAUGCAUGUUGCUAUCACGUGAUGGUGAAUAUCUGAUGACUGCCGGUGAUCGCGGCAUCGUGGAGGUCUGGCGAACCUUCAACUUGGCGCCCUUAUAUGCUUUCCCGGCUUGUAAUGCUGCAAUACGUUCGUUGGCGUUGACGCACGAUCAAAAAUACCUCCUUGCUGGUCUCUCUACCGGCUCGAUUAUUGUCUUUCACAUAGACUUCAAUCGUUGGCAUCACGAGUAUCAACAACGGUACUAGGCGCCAAGAAAAGGUAAAAAUACAGUAAAACCCGGCUAUUACGUACAUAAAAAUACAAAAGUGACAUUAUAAAAAAGGCAGCGGAGCAUCAAGAUGCCGCUGCUACUAAAGACAACAUGAUGACGUUACGACAACAACAACAAUUGUGGAUAAAAUAAGGCCAAAUUGCAAAUAAGCAGGACUUCAAAUGUUAAACAAUUAGUUAAAACAAAAUUAAAAUUAAAAAAAAAAAUUGUAGUGGCAAAAUGCAAGUAAAAAAAUAAAAAAUUAAUUUAACAAAUGUAGCAAUUGCUUUGCGUUUUCAAACGUACCGUGUACACGGGUGCGCCAAAGAGCGCAUCAAACUUUCAGUUCUUAGUAGAUUUUUCAUAGGCUAGGAGAAAAUUAUGAGUUUUCGUUGUGCAAAUUUUUUACAUAGGAUUACACAGCCGAUACAUAUAGAGUAAUAAUGGGUUAGACCAAUACAUUGCUACGAAUAGUUUAAAGGAAAAUUCAUUAAAAAAAAUUUAAAUUAAAGUUGCGCUGAAAUUUCUUAACUUAACUUAGUAAUUAAUAGGGUUAAAGUGGAUCUUUUUAAAUUAAAGUCGAUAAAAAAAAUUAUGAAAAAUUAAUAAAAAUUAAAAGACAAAGUUAAAUAGUUUUAGUGACACAGAAAAUAUAGAAAUAGCAGUUCUUACUUAAAACCAAACAAAGACGUAACCAAGCGGCCAAAAAGAAAGUGAAACGUACUUAACUUAGUAAUUUUUUCUUAAAGCAAAAGCAUUGUACUUAACAAACAAAAACGAAGGUAUUUCCAAAACUUAACAGUACGACUAGCAAAGUUGAAAAUAAAAAGCAGGCAUAGCAUCGCAUAGAAGCAUUAGUAGCUCGUUACAAAAAUUAAAAAAAAAAAUUUCUGAAGAAACACAAUUUUACUUAAAGAAAACUUAGCAAAUAUUUGUAGGUAAGACCGCUAAAACACAAGCAACAUGCAAGCCAUUAAUUUUUAAAGCAAAAUUUGUAUUGGUUUAAAUUAAAAGAGAAACACAAUUGAAGCUUAACCAAAAAAAGAGAGUUGUACAUGGUAGCGCAUAGACUAAAAAGAGCGAAAUAAAAUGAAAAUCACUAAAAAGAGAGCAAAAGUGGAAACGUGCGUAAAGCAGCGCAUUAAGCACAACAAAGCAUUAAAUUCACUAACAUGAUAUGGCAUAACAUAGCUUAGCAUAACAUAACAGAACCACUUACAUAUGUAUGUAAAGUAUAUAUGUGAGCAUAAGUCGCACCAUUCAUAAGUUAAUCGGCACUUAAGUUGACGUACUUACGCAUAUUAUGAUUAUAUUUGUGUAUAUGUAUGUGUGUGUGAAAAGAAAAUGUGUAAAUUAUGAUUAUUUAUUCGCAGCAGCUAAGUGUAUGUAUAUGUAAAGCCAACUCAUUGUGUACAGUUGUAUUAUGUGUAUGUUGUUUCUGUAUAGAUUUAUGUAUGGUAUAUGUAUGUGUAAAGAAGAAAUUAAACAAAAGGUGGUUUAAAAAAUUUUAUUGCGUCCAAUUAAAAAAAAUAUAUAUUAAAAUAAAACAAGAACAAAAACGUAUGAAUAAAAAUGUUUGUAUUUGCAUAAAUUAUAUACACACACAACAACAACGGCAAGAAUGUUUGCAUUAAAUAUCAACAGCAAAAAUAAUUUCGUCCAAAACUCUUAGCUCAUUUGAAUACACUUUGCAACAAGGCGUAUUUUACUGGUUGCAAAUGGUUGUUAUAGUAAAAAAUUUGAUUUUAGCAAAUCAGUUCGUCAAACGGACGUAAAAGUAUAUUUUUUUAUUAUUAUUAUUUUUUUUUUUGAAUUGACAUUGGCUGUUUGCUAGGUUUCGUGAAUCCAUCCACUUAAACUAGUUUUUAGAGUGUGCUAAAGAAAGUUUGUGCUAAAAGAAAAAAAUUUUGAAAACAAUUUUUUUUUGUCAUAAUUUUUAUAAAUUAAACAAAGUGAGCUGAAAUAUUGGCAUAAAAGCUGAAUCACUGUUAAACUAACAGCAUAAAACAACGGUUACUAACAAUCAAACGAGAACUAUAAGCAUUGAAACUGUCUAGUAAUUAAAACAGAAACGUAAAUAUCGUUUUACAGCAGAAAGUGAUUAUAACAGAUAAAAAGGCGUUACUCUGUUCUUACAAUAAAUUGUUUCCGUUUCUGUUACAAUAUGUGGUUGGAUAGCAGCAUAUAACUGCAGUAGAGCAAAUAUAUUUAUAAGGCCUGCUAACAGAAACAGAAAAAGUAUAACGGAAUGUUUAACAGAUUCGUUCGUCUUUUCAGGAAUAAACUUUCUUUUCAUUCAAUAAAACAAAAAGUACUCAAAAUAUAUAUGUAAGUGAAACGAUGCUUUUGUAGCAGAAUUAUGCAUGACAAUUGUUUGUAACAGAAAUUUCCACAGAAUGUUAUGACUUUACUCUUCUAAUACAAUUGCAAUAUUUCGGUGUAUCUUACAAUAUAUGCUGGUUUCUGUUGAAAAAAAUGGUUAUUUCAGCAUAUUGUUAAUGCUAUAGUAACUGUUGCUGUUAAAAUACACAUGCGUUUCUGCUUUCAGCAGGUUACUAUGGAAAUAUUUAAUAUGUAUGUGUGUAUGUGGGUGGAAAAAUAUAUGCAAGUGGUGAAAAAGUACAUCAAAAAAGAGUGUUCUUUUAACACUACACCAGCUGUUUCUGUUACGGCAUCUGCUCUUGUCUACAGAAGUGGUUAAAUGCUGUAAAUGUUAAGAAAAAAAUUAAGUGUAUUUUCAAGAUAAUUUAUUUUUUCAAAUUAAUUAAUUUUGUGUAAAAUAAUUAAAGUUUUUGUCCCACGCAAAAUACAUUUUUUCAAGUUAUUGAAUUAAUUAUUAUUUAAUUUUUUUAUUUAAUUAAAAAUAUAUUAAUAAAUAGUUGUAUGUUUUAUGCACAUACACAAUUAGCUUAAGGCUCAACAACAAUUUGCAAAAGCACACAAACGUACUGUGGCAUUUCUUUUUGUAAAUAAAACUACUUCAAUGCUUUCACAAAAAAA